AUGUCUGUGUGUGUGUGUGUGGAGUAGGGAGUCUGACUGUGUGUGUGUCGAAUAUGCAGCAAGGAAUGACGGUGGAACUGAGCAGUAGGGAUUUGGGAUUAACCCUCCUCCGCGAAAGAAAUUUAUCUGUUUAAUUAUCAGAUAAGGGAGGGGUGUGUGGCCGUCGGGAAGAAAAGGAAUGUGAAGAGAAGUGGGAGUGGACGAGAUUAAAGGCGAUAGAGAGACAGCAAUAAACAGGGGCUGUCUGAAUUAAAUCUCAGUUGUAGCUUCCGAGGGCUCGGCUCUGAUCUGAAAUUCCGGGGUUCUGUCCACGAAGCUGGAAAGGCAGCAGAAUAAUGAGUGACAAAGGCACAAGGCAAGGAUGCCCUGAGGCACAGUAUGUUGGUGAGACCAUGCAGAGGCUAUGACAACGGAUGAAAUGGACACCGUGCAACAGUCGCCAGACAGGGAUGUUCCCUCUCAGUGGGGGAGCACUUCACUGGUCAAAGACAUUCUUUCUUGGAUCGUUGGAGUAUUUAAGAAAUCCAGCCCCAAUGGAAAGCUUACCGUCUACCUUGGGAAAAGGGAUUUUGUCGACCAUGUAGACUUUGUGGAGCCUGUCGAUGGUGUUGUCUUGGUUGAUCCAGAAUAUCUGAAGGAAAGGAAAGUCUUUGUGACGCUGACCUGUGCCUUUCGAUAUGGCCGUGAAGAUUUGGACGUGUUGGGCCUGACCUUUAGGAAGGAUCUCUUCGUUGCCAACGUUCAGGCUUUUCCACCCAUAGUGGAGGAGAGGAAACCAUUGACCCGGCUCCAGGAACGUUUGAUCAAAAAACUGGGAGAACAUGCCUAUCCCUUCACAUUUGAGAUUCCUCCUAAUUUACCUUGCUCAGUCACUUUGCAACCAGGACCUGAGGACACAGGAAAGGCUUGCGGUGUGGAUUUUGAGGUGAAAACGUACUGCGCUGAAAACUUGGAAGAGAAAAUUCAUAAAAGGAACUCGGUGAGGCUGGUAAUUCGAAAAGUGCAGUACGCCCCGGAGAAACCUGGUCCACAACCAAUGGCUGAGACCACCAGGCAGUUCCUCAUGUCAGAUAAACCCCUCCAUCUUGAGGCAUCACUGGACAAAGAGAUUUAUUAUCACGGAGAACCUAUAAAUGUCAAUGUCCAUGUGACUAAUAACACCAACAAGACCGUUAAGAAGCUAAAGAUUGCUGUUCGCCAGUACGCCGAUAUCUGUCUGUUUAACACAGCUCAGUACAAAUGCCCUGUCGCAACAGCAGAAGCAGAUGACAUUGUGGCCCCGAGCUCUACGUUUUGUAAAGUUUACACCCUGACACCAUACCUAGCCAAUAACCGAGAGAAACGUGGCCUGGCUUUAGAUGGGAAGCUCAAGCAUGAAGACACAAACCUGGCUUCCAGCACCUUACUACGAGAUGGCGCAAGUAAAGAGAUUCUGGGCAUCAUGGUAUCUUACAAAGUCAAAGUGAAGCUGGUGGUUUCUAGAGGGGGCAUUUUGGGAGAUCUUGCGACAAGUGAUGUGAUUGUGGAGCUGCCGUUUACGUUAAUGCAUGCUAAGCCUGAGGAAGAGACAUUCUACAGAGAAGUUCCUGAGAAUGAGGUUCCCAUCGACACCAACCUGAUUGAGUUUGACACCAAUGACGACGACAUUGUUUUUGAGGAUUUUGCUCGCCAGAGGUUAAAAGGAUUGAAGGACGACAAUGACGAUGAUGAAGAUGGAGUGAAUUCACCCCAGCACAAUGACCGAUAAAACAUGGGGUCGCGCAAAUUGCUGCAAGGCGCGGUGAUCUUCGAUACCUGAAAAGCUGCUGUCAUUAGUUUAUUUUUCUCCCUGUUUUCGUUAGACAAUAAAACAACUGAGGCUUCUCAAUGGUCCCAGGCCAAAACCUGCCAGGCUCCAAACAAUAGACUGGUACAAUUAUGAUGUCAGUUCCUUCAUAGCCUUUUCAGGGAAAUGGGGAGGGGAAUGGGAUUGUCUGCGGUGGAGGGGCUGGGUUGGGAAAGUUCUGGGGAAGGAGGUUGGGAGGGUCAAGACUUUGGUACACAAAUUAGCCAACUGCCUGCAAGAUGCAGUCUGACCGAGAUUGGAAGUCAGCCUUCAGGGGAGUGAAAACCAACAGGACGUAAAAUAAAGAUCCCACAGAGCUUUAAGCAUUUGUCCUUCAAUUUAUUUUGUUUACUAACUGCAGAAACCUUUACUGCAGAGGGCUGUCAAGGAUAGGUCAUUAAGUCUAUUCAAGGCUAAGAAAGACAGAUUUUUAAUCUGUAAGGGAAGCAAGGGUUAUGGGGAAAAGGCAGGAAAGUAGAGUUGAGGAUGAUCAGAUCAGCUGGGAUUACACUGAAUGGCAGAGCAGACUUGAUGAGCUCUAUGGCACAUGUCUGCUCCUGUGCCUUCUGGUUUGAAUAUUGGAUAUGUCUGUGUUGAGAUUUAGAGGGAAUGAUGGGGAGGUGUAUGUAUUGAGGGGAAGACUGCUUUUCACAGGGUCUUUGGGAGGCCAAGUUCCAAAAAGACAUUAACUGGAAUAGACGACAUAGCUGCACUUCCAUUUUUAUGGCUUCAGUCGAAUGACUCAAACACAAAAAUAUGAUGCACAUUAAAAACAACUGUUUUCAUAGAACCCCUACAAGUGCAUAAGAGCCCAUUUGGCCCAUCAUGACUGCACCGACCCUCUGAAGAGCAUCCCACACAGAUUUAGCCCCACUCCCAACGCAAUCCCUGUAAUUCCACAUUUCCCGUGGCUAAUCCAUCUAACCUGCAAAUCUUUGGACUCGGGGAGGAAAGUGGGGCAUCAGGAAAAAAACCCAUACAGACACGGAGAGAGUGUGCAAACUCCACACAGACAGUUACCUGAGGAUGGAAUCAAAUCUGGGCCCCUGGCGCUGUGAAGCAGCAGUGCUGACCACUGAGCCUAUCAUUUCCCCAGAUGAGAUCUUGAGGCAAGUGUGGCCCUAUUUAUAAAUACAUUGAGGGGAAGAGGUGAACCAGGGAAAGAGAGAGCCCAUUAGGGACCAAGGGGGGCAACCUGUGUGUGAAUAUUAGAAGGGUGUUAAAUGAAUACUUCUCUUCAGUCUUUGAUCUAGAAAAGGAGAACGUAGGUACUGAAUUCAGGAAAAGGGACUGUGAGGAACUUGCACAGUUUGACAUAGGGAAUGUGGACAUAUUGGAGACUCUUGUAUCAGAGAUAAUGGGAACUGCAGAUGCUGGAGAUAAUAAAGUGUGAAGCUGGAUUCACACAGCAGGCCAA